GUGCGUCACCAUUUCCGUUUGAAGCAUCCACUGCAAUUCCUCCGUAAGCGCGCUCUCGACAUCUUCUUUCAGAAUUGUCACUCUGAGCGUGCGUGCGUAUCUGUGGGAUUUGGUGUCCAUUUUCCCGAUGUCCAUGCAUACCAGAAAAGGAAAUUUCAAUGAAUUUGAAUUAAACCUGGACAUCCAUCAAGCAGAGCGCUGCAGCUCAGAACAGGUUGCGUGACGUGUCCUCGUUUGCCGUCUCGCCAUUUCUUAAUAUCGUAGGGAAGUAACAAGAUAGAAUUAAUAGCGACUGUUGGGCGUUACGUAAUAGGAGCAUUAUCCCGGCUGCUGGACUGAACGGUAUAACGGGAGACACGCAGAGAUACAGAGCCGUGCAACCUUGCGUGGUUGACGCUACGGGUAGAAAAUGUCGGGGCAGACUCUGACGGAUCGCAUUGCCGCUGCGCAAUACCAGCUCACGGGCUCCGAAGUGGCGACGCGCGUCUGCAAAGCCACCACACACGAGGUGAUGGCGCCCAAGAAGAAGCACUUGGAUUAUCUGAUCGCGGCCACCAAUGAGACGAAUGUGAACAUCCCCCAGCUGGCUGACACACUGUUUGAGAGAGCCACCAAUGCCAGCUGGGUGGUCGUCUUCAAGGCCCUGAUUACAACUCACCACAUGUGCAUACAUGGCAAUGAGAGGUUUAUCCAGUACCUCGCCUCCAGGACUUCUCUGUUCAACCUCAGCAACUUCAUCGACAAAACUGGCACCCAUGGCUAUGACAUGUCCACAUUUAUCAGGCGAUACGCCCGCUACCUGAACGAGAAGGCCUACGCUUAUCGCCAGAUGGCAUUCGACUUCACCAGAGUCAAGAAGGGCGCUGAUGGUGUGAUGAGGACUAUGACUCCUGAUAAGCUGCUGAAGGCCAUGCCAGCACUGCAGACCCAGGUGGACACUCUGCUGGAGUUUGAUGUCCACCCCAAAGAUCUGAACAAUGGAAUAAUCAAUGGGGGUUUCAUGCUGCUCUUCAAAGACCUGAUCAAGCUUUUUGCCUCCUACAACGACGGCGUCAUUAAUUUAUUAGAAAAAUAUUUCAAAAUGAAGAAGUCCGACUGCAAGGAGGCCCUAGAGAUCUACAAAAGGUUCUUGACCCGCGUGACCAAGAUCUCUGAGUUCAUGAAGAUUGCAGAGCAAGUUGGAGUCGACAAAAAUGACAUCCCUGACAUUUCUUAUGCUCCCAGCAGCAUCCUGGAGUCUCUGGAGACACACAUGAACAGUUUGGAGGGCAACAAAGGUGAAGGGUCUCCAACAAAGGGCUCCCCCACCAAUAACGCUUCUCCCGCCUCCACUCCGGCCAAAUCUGCCACCUCUGUGCCCACUCUGGAGCCGCCGCCCACUGGAGCCUCCGCCGCUGCUGCAGCUGCCCCUGAAGAGCUUGUCUCAGACUCCCUGCUGGACCUGGAUCCUCUUGGUUCCUCUGGCCCUUCAACAGGAGCCUCCUCAGCACCCACUAACUGGGGAGACCUGCUUGGAUCGGAGAUGGGUUGUUGUACCACCGACGCCCUUCAGCCUGACCCCUCCCAAGCGGUAGACUCCGCCCCCUCUCCGGCCACAGCCAAUCCCAGCGCCGGCACAGAGGCGGCAGCUGGCAGUCUGGCUCCUCCCCCUGCCCCCAGCGCCGGCCAAUCGGAUCUCCUGGGAGACGCGUUUGCCGCCCCGGCAGCCGAAGCCCCUGCUGCGGCUGAAGGCGGGGCUUCUGCGCCUACGCCCACUCCUGCUGCAGACGCUGCUUCUGCCUCCGCCCCAGCAGACUCAGCAGGCGGAGAGGCCCAGUCCUCUGCCCCUGCGGCCGCUGGAGGAGACCUGAUGUCGGCCUUUGAUGGACUGGGUGAUGUUCUCAUGCCUGCCAUAGCCCCCCAGCUAGCUGGUGCAUCACCCAUGGCAUCAUCACCUUCCAAGCCAAUGGGAGGAGACCUGGAUGCCACCAUGGCUAACCUGGCUAGCAAUCUGAACAUGGGGAACCAGAAACCGGCUGAUGGUGCGGCAGGCGGGGCCAACUGGCAAACUCCUCAGGUAGCUCCUCCCCAGUGGGGCGGUCCCAUGCAAGGGGCACCCGGUGCUGGAGCUCCCAUGAUGCCCGGCUCUCCCAUGAUGUUCCCCCAACAGCCCAUGAUGAGGCCGCAGUUCCCCACCGGGGGUCCUGCACCAGGAGGACCGAUGAACCCCGCCAUGAGCCCAAGGAAGCCCCCACCCUCCAAAGACCCCCUGGCCGACCUGAACAUUAAGGACUUCCUAUAGAGUUCCUAUAGAACCUCUCAGUAAAGCUGAUUGGAGCCCCUGUUGAUAUGGAUGUGUGUGGUACUCUCCCUCUCUCUCUGGUCACCUGCUCCUCUUCCUCCUCUCUCCUCUUUCUGCCCCCCCCCCCCCUCUUUGUCUAAUGUUGUAGCACAAACAGUGAAUGUGAUACCUGUAUACGUGUGAUUGUGUGUGCGUAUUUUAAUGUCAUCCUUUACUUCGGUCAGUGAAAAUGAAAUGAAAAUAAAAUAAAUGAAAAUGAAAAAACAGAAACUCAUGUGAAGCUAUGGUGCAGUCACAGCAGGAGUCUGCGUAACUCAUGUGAAGCGAUGGUGCAGUCACAGCAGGAGUCUGCGUCCCUGGGUUCAGAGCUAGUUCGUUUUAUUUCCUUAGGCUUCCUUGUAAUGGGGGCUGAAGAUGUUGGGUGGCUUGGGAAGGUGGGCAAAAAAGUAAACACAUAAACAAAUACAUAAACAAUGUUCAGUGUGUGUCAAUCUUAUGGGCCCCCCCUUCUGUUGUCGUGAUGCAAACAUUUCACUUUGUGUAAAUCCACCCCACCCACCCCGCACACACUCACCCACCCCAGCCAGAACUGUGGCUUGGCUGGGAACCUACUUACACUCACAAUCUACAGUCCUUAAGGGGUUCUUCAUCGGUUCUUUUAAAAAGAUCUGAAGGUUCUCCACAUAAAGUUCCCCUUUAUUGGGUUCAUAAAGAACAUUUCUGUAGAGUUGGUCACAGCCUAAAUGGAGGUCUGUGAAACCCUUCCACAGGAGAGGUAGAUCCUUCUGAAGGGGACUGGACGAAGAACCCUUUUUCUCGAAGAGAGCGUCAGCGCCAUAAGAAUAGAACAAGUCCCCCUGAUGUAUUGACGCAGAGGUUCUUUUCUGUUCUUUUUAGUUCUGUUUACGUUUCUUCUCCCCUUCACCUUAUCCUCCCCUGAAUGUGUGCUACACGUGUCGUUUGACACUCCACAUUAUGCAUUUUAGACUUUAUUUUGUUGACAAAACCAUGCAGAUAUCUUUUAGUCUUUAUUUUGAAUUUAAAUGAAAAAAAAGACGUUUCAUAUAUUUUAGUUACUGCGUUCAAAAUGCUUAGCAUACAGUCUUUAGCGGAAAGAAGUGGAAAUACCGUAUCCCCAAUGUGUAUAUAUCUAUAUUCAAAAGACUAGUAGCUUAUUGGAUGCAACCCCCUCCACCCACACCCCCACUCCUCCUCUCAUCAGCUCCGCAGUGAAUGGUGACAGUGUUCAGCGUCCAGCUGCUUCCCACCGAUCAGCAGCAGCAUCUGCCAUAUCAGAGACUGUCAAUCCUGUGACUGGAGGAUGGAAAUGUAACUGGAUGUUCAGUGUUUUGUUUCUGUAUUGAAAAACUGUGGUGAAAUGUUGAGAACAGAUAACAAACAAACAAACAAAAAAAGAAUAAAGGGGGAAAAUGUGUUCCAUGAAUGACUGCUUUUGGUUGUUUUAUUGUUAUUUUUGUUUUGUUUGAAUUUUUGGACUUAUCUAAAAAAAACUCCUAGCUCCCGAGCCUAAGUGCAUGUGCAUACUGUUGAAAUACAAAUAAAACAGUGAUCUGAAGAGAUGA